UUAUAUUGACUGACUGCAAAAUAAUUGCAAGAAAAAAAGUCCUUAUUGUAACCAAUCAAUAAAGUGCAUUUAAAGUUGUAUUUACUUACAUUUUAUUAUAAAUCGAAAAAACUAAACGUGUUCUAACUUUUAUUAAUAUUCUUAUUGUGAAAUUAAUCAAACUAAAAACAACAGCAGCAAAAUGAUGAGCUUCGAAGGAAUUAACGAUGGCCAAAAACCCUCUAGCAAGGUUUUGAGACCUCCAGGUGGUGGCACCAGUGACAUUUUCGGUGGUGAUUUACCACAAACACCACGUUCGGUUAAAAAUCACAUGCAAUCAAAUAUUUUCUCAUGCGAAAAAGAUAGCAUCAAAAAUAACGGUGAUCAACCUCGCCGCGCUCAAAAGAAUGUUGACUCAUAUCAACGUUUAUUUGGUGAACCCGAAAGGCCAGUUACUCCUGCCAAAAAUCACAUGAAGAGCAACAUUCCAUUUGGUGCUAAGAAUGAAGCUGCUCAGGCUUUGAUUAUGAAUGGUAAUGGCAAUGGUCACUACAAUGGUAAAAGUGGUUCUGUCUCAUCGGCCUCUUCAUCGGUGUCGUCAUCAACUGAGAACUUAAAAAUGAAUGGUUUUUCGAAAACAGUUUAUCUACGCAAAAUGAGUAAUGGCAAUCCUGUUACCGGCGAAGGCUACAAAUCGAAUGACUUCAAUCAUACACCCAGUUUGAAUGGUGCCAAUCAAGUCAUCAACAAAAAUCGUAUUCCACCCGGUGGCUUUUCUUCCGGUCUCUGGUAAAUGUCUAUGUUUUGUUAAAUUGCUGGCGCUCUCACAAAAACUUACAGCAAAUAAAAAGAAAA